AUAAAUGUUUGGUUCAUAUGCAGAGGGUUCUCUAUCCUCCGCUUUCAAUUUAUUGUCCUGCGCACAGAAGAACAAUUGUUGUUGAGAUGCUGACUUGAAGAGCCAGCCUUAAGCGACACAAUUUUUUUAUUUAAAAACAUUGUCGCGUUGACUCAAAGGUUUCAAAUUAACAGUGGACUGGUCGGCUAUAGAGAGAUGCAUGGGUAGUGCGUGUGCGCCUGGUGGUUAUGCUACUAAUGACAGCGUGAUACACUUCUGCGAGCUUGCACUCGCCGCCUCCGGACAGAGCCGUGUAGAAGAAGAUGUUGAAUCAGCUACGCGCUCGUGAGACUACCCUGGAUAGGCUAUGUCUCCGUUUCAAAUUUCACAAAUGUCUCCCUUGCUUCUGACAAUAGAAGACGAUACAUUGGCACAGCGUUGGGAACAGUUCAUUAUUACAUUUUGCUGCUGGAAAUAAAUCGGCUGCCUGUCUAGAGAGACGUGCAUCGCCCCAAAGGAGACAUCAAGUUUGACAACUGUAACCAUCUAGACUAAGAUGAAGCCGGGUGCACGAGGAGUUGGAGCAUUUGGUUUGGCUGGAGACUUUAUGUUACCGCUUUUAUCAAUGGCAUGACUAUUUCACCACGCACAAUGGAGGAUAAAUCAAACAAACUAAUUUUGAUUCCGAUACUGGCCGUGGUCUUCUUGAUGAUAGGCUAUCAGUACAUUUGUCCAGCCGGCAGUAACUCUUGUCGCUUUCUAACUGGGGACAAGUUGAGUGGAAUGUUCCGCCAAUAUCACUCGGGGGACGACAUUUACGCGUACCAAGAUGGCAUGGACGAGGAGGGUUCCUCAAAAAUUCUGUCCAAAUUCAAUUUUACUGAACGAGACCUUGAGCGACACGUGGAUUUCAACAUCAAAGGAGAUGACGUUAUAGUGUUCCUCCACAUCCAGAAGACCGGUGGGACUACUUUCGGACGACACCUUGUCAGAAACAUUCACCUCGAACAGCCGUGUGAUUGUAUGCCCGGACAGAAGAAAUGUAGCUGUCACCGCCCGGGCAAAGCGGAGUCCUGGCUUUUCUCCAGGUUCUCUACUGGCUGGAGUUGUGGUCUGCAUGCGGACUGGACCGAGCUGACUAACUGCGUGCCUGCAGUGAUGAACAAGAAAGACAAGAAGGAUGCUCAGAGGAACGGACGGAACUUCUACUACAUCACCAUGCUGAGGGACCCUGUCUCCCGCUACCUGAGCGAGUGGAAGCACGUGCAGCGCGGCGCCACCUGGAAGACAGCCCUGCACAUGUGUGACGGCCGCUCUCCCACCCAGGACGAACUGCCCGCCUGCUACAGUGGCGACGACUGGACCGGGGUCACGCUGACCAACUUCAUGGACUGCCCUUCCAACCUGGCCAACAACCGGCAGGUCCGCAUGCUGGCCGACCUCAGCCUGGUGGGCUGCUACAACGUCUCCACCUUCACCGCCGGCGCCGAACGGGAGCGCGGCCGCGUCCUACUAGCCAGUGCCAAGAACAACCUCCGCAACAUGGCCUUCUACGGCCUGACCGAGUUCCAGCGCAAGACGCAGUACCUGUUUGAGCGGACGUUCGGCCUGCGCUUCAUCCAGGCUUUCACGCAGAUCAACAGCACGCGGGCGGCCAGCGUGGGGGUGGGGGAGGGGGCUCUGCGUCGGCGCAUCGAGGGGCUCAACGCCCUGGACGUGGAGCUGUACGAGUAUGCCAAGGAGCUGUUCCUCCGGAGGUACCAGUACAGCCACCAGACACAGCACCGGGAGCAGAGGCUGAGGAGGAGGCAGGAGAGGCAGGAGGAGAGGCAGCGGCUACACCAGCACAGAGCCCCCAUCUCCAAAGCCAGGAGGGAGGAGGAGGAGAGGGAGAUAGAGGGGGUGGAAGGGGAGGAGGUGGGAGGUGUAGCCACCACAGAGGACUACAGCAGCCAGGUGGUGAGAUGGUGAAGCCGUAACACCCAUGUAAGGACUAGUACUUCUUGUCAGUUUCUCUCUCUCUCUCUCUCUCUCUCUGCUCCCUCUCUCUCUGCUCCCUCUCUCUCUCUCUGCCUUGGGCUGCCCAAUGGUGUCUUAAUCUUUCAGAUGGAUGUAUUUAUUAUUUAUUAUUACUAUGUAUUAUGAUGUGGUAAACUUUUGUUUCUCCUCUCAUGCAGAGUUUAUUGUGUGUGUUCAUUUUCUAAUGCUUGUCUGUUCUUCAAAGUUGGUGAACAACUCUAGUGUGAAAUGGACAUUCUACAAGAUUUGAUCAGAAUCUCCAUGGGACUGUACGUUAACAAAAUUAGCGCCUCAGGAUUCUUGAAAAGUAAUGUGGUUCACUUAGGGUUGCAAAGGGAGGGUACAGUACUGUGAAAAAGUUUUAGGCAGGUAAGCUAACAAGGUGAGGUUGCUGAACACAGUUUACUGUCUAAAGUCAUACACCAUGGCAAGACUGAGUACAGCAAAGUUAUACUGCAUCAGCAAGGUCUCUCCCAGGCAGACAUGUCAAGGCAGACAGGGGUUUCCAGAUGUGAUGCCCAAGCUCUUUUGAAGAAGCACAAAGAAACGGACAAUGUUGAGGACCGUAGACGCAGUUGUCGGCCAAGGAAACUUACUGCAGCAGAUGAAAGACACAUCAUGCUUACUUCCCUUCGCAAUCGGAAGAUGUCCAGCAGUGCCAUCAGCUCAGAAUUGGCAGAAAACAGUGGGACCCUGGUAACACCUAUCUACUCUCUGGAGAAGUCUGAUCAGAAGUGGCCUUCAUGGAAGACGUGGGGCCAGAAAGCCACACCUCCGACGUGGAAACAAGGCCAAGCUGUCACGUUCCUGACCUUAUUUGCCUUUGUUUUACUUUGUUUAGUUGGUCAGGACAUGAGCUGGGUGGCUAGUCUAUGUUAUGUGUUUCUAUGUUGGGUUGAAUGUGUUGCCUGAUAUGGUUCUCAAUUAGAGGCAGGUGUUUGACGUUUCCUCUGAUUGAGAACCAUAUUAAGGUAGGCUGUUCUCACUGUUUGUUUGUGGGUGAUUGUUCCUGUGUCUGUGUCUGUUACACCACACGGGACUGUUUCGUUUGUUCGUUCGUUUGGCUAGUCUUAACUGUUCGUGCGUUCUUCGUGUUUAUGUAAGUUCUCAAGUUCAGGUCUGUCUACGUCGUUUUGUUGUUUUGUAAUUUUCCAAGUGUUUUUCGUGUUCGUCUUGUCUUCAAUAAAUAUCAAUUAUGUCUGCAUACAACGCUGCGUUUUGGUCCAACCCUUACUCCUCCUCCUCAUCCGAGGAGGAGGCAUUAGACACUCGUUACACAAGCGACUCAACUAUGCACGAAAACACAAGAACUGGGGUGCAGAAAAAUGUCAGCAGGUGCUCUAGACUGAUGAGUCAAAAUUAGAAAUAUUUUGCUGUAGCAGAAGGCAGUUUGUUAACCGAAGGGCUGAGAGCGGUUCACGAAUGAGUGUCUGCAGGCAACAGUGAAGCAUGGUGGAGGUUUCUUGCAAGUUUGGGGCUGCGUUUCUGCAAAUGGAGUUGGGGAUUUGGUCAGAAUUAAUGGUCUCCUCAAUGCUGAGAAGUACAUGCAGACACUUAUCCAUCAUGCAAUACCAUCAGGGAGGCAUCUGAUUGGCCCCAAAUGUAUUCUGCAGCAUGACAACAACCCCAAACAUACAGCGAAAGUCAUUAAGAAUGAUUUUCAGUGUAAAGAAGAACAACGAGUCCUGGAAGUGAUGGUACGGCCCACACAGAGCCCUGAUCUCAACAUCAUCGAGUCUGUCUGGGAUUACAGAGAGAGAAGCACCUGAGGCUGCCUAAAUCCACAGAAGAACUGUGAUUAAUUCUCCAAGAUGUUUGGGCCAACCUACCUGCUGAGCUCCUUCAAACUGUGUGCAAGUGUACCUAUAAUAAUUUAUGCUGUUUUGAAGGCAAAGGGUGGUCACACCAAAUAUUGAUUUGAUGUAGAUUUUUCUUCUGUUCACUCACUUUGCAUUUUGUUAAUUGAUAAAUAUAAUCUACUAACAUGUCUAUUUUUGAAAGCGUUCUUACUUUACAGCAUUUUUUCACACCUGCCUAAAACUUUUGCACAGUACUGUAUAAUACUGGAAACUUUCAAAGUUUACCAGUAAACUACCAGGAUUUUGGUAGCUUUCUUUUUGUAUUUUAUCAGAUGAUAUCUACAGGUCAUUUUGGGUACUUCAGUUUAUCACAGGUGUCUGUAAUUAUACAUGGCCCUCUAUGUGGCCUUAUCACAUGUAAAAUGUAUAAAAUAAUCGCAUAAGAUUUUAAAAUAGGAAAUUGAAUGAAAAACCUGUAAAAUAUUAUUCAAAUAUUAACCAUCAACUUAGUGAAUACCAUUGGUGUUUAAUAUGAGGAUUUCAGCAUAAAACACAAUUAUAUUUUUUUACACACUUUUAUGUCUUUGUUGUAACUGUUUUGUCGCCAAACUGGUGGCAGUUGUGAAAAAAGUCAAUAGUUGGAAGAGUUGCAGAGUUAAAUGAAAAAAAUGCCAUUGUUGAUUAGAUGCUUUUUUUCAGUAAUUAGCCUAUUUUCUCUUGAACGAUAUGGUCUAUACACUAGAUAAGAUAUGGACACAGAUAUAAAAAAUGUAUACAUAUAUGAAUAUAUAUUUUUUAAGUUAUUUGAGUAAAUUACCAAAGUUACCAAAGAUUACAUUUUAAUUACCAAAACUACUGAAAAUUCCGGUAACUUUAGUGAAUUAGUGGUAGCUUUGCAACCUAGGACUUGCUCAUGAUAUCUAAAGUAAGAUACGAUAGUAAAUAACACAAUAAAGGAUUCAUUAAACACCCUCCCAUACUUUGGUUAUUUAGGACAGGACUUGUAUUAGUUCACUUUGUAAGUUUGCUUUCCAACUAUGAGUUAGUAUGUACAGUAUGAUAGUAUUCAAGACGUUCACCUGUAGGAAAGCUGUUCAUUAAAUGUACGCAGCAUACCACUGA